AUGAUUUACUCAACUGGCUGGAAUGGGAUGGAAAGCUUUUUGACCGUUAAGAGCGAGACAGCCUGGUGCUGGGAUCCACUAGUUGAAAUUGAAGGAAAAGUUGGCUCGUCUUUUUCAAACAUAGCGGCCCGCUGUAUGAAAUACGAAUUGAACUCAGCUUGGAAAACGCGCAUAAGCCGAAUGCAAGCGAUCAUUGACUGUCGAACAUUUCCAAACAUCCUGAACCAAAAGCAAGACCCAAAGAACGUAGAGAAAACACACUGGAACUAUGUCGCCCAGAAAUCUAAAACUUUUAGGCUUGCGCAGCCAAAUACAUAG